GAAAGACUCGUAACGGCGAGCCAGAGAGCGAGGAGACUGCAUGUGUGUGUAUUGGAAACAUGUUUGCAUGUGUGACAUACAUGUGGGCAUGGGCGAGCGGCAUCUGGUGUGAGCUGCUGACACAGAAGAGAGAGAGGGGUUUGUUUCUGAGAAAAGACAUCUGUGUGCGUGUGUGUGUUGAAAACCAUCUUCAGAUGGAUUCAUUCAGUCGAUAGCUGCAGGUUACACUGGAUGAGAGAGCUUCAUAGUGAGUCUGAGCACACGCGGCGAGAGAGCGAGCAUCCUGUUUUCAUGAAUGUAAUAUUGAUGGUGUGUAUUAACGGGGAGGAGAGCACUAAGAACAGUGAUCUGGGUUUUCUCAUUAGAUGUUAUUUUGAUAAUUCUGGUUUGGCCUGAAGCUUCAGGUGUUUGUUUGGUUCUUUGACUCUCGGUGAAUACGUCAUAUGUUUUAUUUAUUGUAGCAUAACUGAACACGGAUGUGAAACACACUGUCUGUGGCUGUGUCUAUAUCAAUUGUAAAGUCUGGCUCAGGUUUUUUGCAUUGGCUUAAUGGUGAACACACAGAACAGACGACUGUUUGUGAAGUUUUGUAUUCAGCACAUGUUCUGUUUCUCAUAUGGUUCGCUCUUCCUUCUAUCAUAUGACUUAAGCACUGGCACAGGUGUGAUACAGAUGAGCCUGUAUGUUUUACUGCUAAAACCUGUCACAUGAAACACAUUGUUGAACCGUCGUGAGUACAGACAUCACCCCAUGGAAACGUAGUGAAGAAGUGGAACAUUUGAAACUGUGUGAGAACUGACGAGGUGGUGAACAACAUGUUUCGCUGAGAAACUGAAGAGCACAGUGGAGAACUGAUGCCAAGGAAGGCAGGAAGGAAUGGAUGCGCUGAACUCCACGGGUCUGGAGUGAAGGGGGUUAAAUCAUGCACCGCAAAAGUGACGGCUGACAGACGGAGGGUUUGACAGCUCUGAGAUGAUUGUAGCACAGAGUGACUGGCUGGAGAGGGAAGGUGUCCUUCAGCGUCUGGAUCAGUGAGGUGGAGAGAGGAGAACAUUAUCAUACAGGCCACUCACAAUGUUUAUCUGACAGAAGGUUUAGUGUUUAGUGAUCUGUGUGGAAUUCAUGACUCCUCCAGUCUGACAGAGCCUGGUGGUGGCGCUGUGACGUUUUUUUGUUCAGCCUGUGGUGGAGAGAAGGAGAUGGAGUUGCCCUAAAUCAGCAGGAGGAAGAGGAGGAGGAGGAGGCUCAGCUUUCAUCUUCACUUAGUUAUGGUCUCGUUGUGUUUCUGAGCUCAGCUGCUGGAACCAAGCUGAGGACAGAAAUAACAGGACAGAGCAGAUCUGGAGCGGAUUAGGACGAGCUGGAAUGAAAAAGCAAGACCAGCCUGAAGAUCAAAUAAACCCAAAGCCAUGUCUGCUUGCUGGUUUAUAUGCAUGGUUCACCUCAUUCUUUAAGAGGCAGCUCUGCCUGAUGGAGCUCGCUGCUCCAACCACAGCUGAUGAUAGCUCAGAUGAGGGGCCGUACACCAAACACUCCGCCGGGUCGAGACCUUCCGACGGGGCGCUGGCCAUUAGGAGACAGAGCAUUCCAGCGAGAACAUGUACUUCUUACUGUGAUGUAGACGAGUUUCGAGGAUGCUCAGUGGUGGAGUUGAUGAAGAAGGAAGGGACGACACUCGGGCUGACGGUUUCAGGAGGCAUCGACAAGGAUGGGAAGCCCCGGGUUUCAAACCUGCGCCAGGGAGGCAUCGCUGCCAGGAGCGACCAGCUGAACGUGGGCGACUACAUCCGCUCCGUUAAUGGCAUCAACCUGGCCAAGUUCAGACACGAUGAGAUCAUCAGUCUGCUGAAGAACGUCGGGGAGCGAGUCGUCCUGGAGGUCGAGUAUGAGCUGCCACCUGUCACAGUGCAGGGGUCAGGGGUCAUGUUUAAGAACGUGGAGGUCACACUACACAAGGAAGGAAACAGCUUUGGCUUUGUUAUCCGAGGAGGAGCUCAUGAAGACAGGAACAAGUCUCGUCCCAUUGUCAUAACAACUAUAAGACCAGGGGGGCCGGCCGACAGAGAAGGGACCAUAAAGCCUGGUGAUCGGUUGCUGAGCAUUGACGGGAUUCGUCUCCAUGGUAACACGAUAUCUGAGGCAAUGAGCAUCCUGAAACAGUGCGGGCAGGAGGCUACGCUGCUGAUCGAGUACGACGUGUCAGUGAUGGACUCUGUUGCCACGGCGUCGGGGCCACUGCUGGUUGAGGUUGCCAAGGCCUCAGGCUCCAGUCUGGGCGUGGCUCUGUCCACCUCCAUGUUCUGUAACAAGCAGGUCAUCGUCAUUGACAAGGUGAAACCAGCCAGCAUAGCAGACAGGUGUGGUGCACUUCACGCAGGAGAUCACAUCCUGUCUGUUGAUGGGAAAUCGAUGGAGUUUUGUUCUCUGGCCGAAGCCACUCAGCUGCUCUCCGCCUCCUGUCAGACCGUCCGCUUGGAGAUCCUGCCACAGCACCAAGCCCGACCGGCCCUGAAUGCACCACAGCAUGUCAAGGUGCAGCGUAGUCCUCGCCCCCUCCCUUGGGAGACCGGAGGGUCUGCUCCCGUCCUACCCCCAUACCACUACAACACGUACCACCCAGACCAAUCAGCUGCCAGAUCUCACAACCGCCAUACAAACAACCCUCCUCUCAGCCACUCGUUCUCUCCUGGCUCGAUGUCGGCCUAUAGUCUCUCGUCCCUCAACAUGAACACCCUGCCCAGGAACAUGUAUCCCACGAGUCCACGGGGCACUCUCAUGAGAAGAAAGCCUAAGAAGAAGGAAUUUAAGAGCUCAUUGUCUCUUGCGUCCAGCACGGUGGGUCUCGCCGGACAAGUCGUUCACACAGAAACCACAGAGGUGAUGUUGCUAGGCAACGGCAUCAUGGGGUUCGGCCUGCAGCUGCAGGGCGGAGUCUUUGCCACUGAAACUUUGUCCUCGCCCCCACUCAUCGCAUACAUUGACCCAGAUAGCCCGGCUGAAAGAUGUGGCAUUCUGCAGAUUGGAGACAGGAUUUUGUCCAUAAAUGGAGUUCCUACUGAAGACUCCACUCUGGAGGAAACCAAUCAGCUGCUCAGAGACUCGUCCAUCACAGCUCAGCUCACACUGGAGAUCGAGUUUGAUGUGGCCGAAUCGGUCAUCCCCAGCUCUGGGACGUUCCAUGUGAAGCUCCCGAAGAAACCAGGGGUGGAGCUGGGUAUCACCAUCAGCUCUCCGUCCAACAGGAAACCAGGUGAUCCUCUGAUCAUAUCUGACAUCAAGAAGGGCAGCGUCGCACACAGGACGGGGACGUUGGAGCUCGGCGACAAGCUGCUGGCCAUCGAUAACAUCCGUGUUGAGAACUGCUCAAUGGAGGAAGCCGUUCAGAUUCUGCAGCAGUGUGAGGAGCUCGUCAAACUGAAGAUCCGCAAAGAUGAAGACAACUCAGAUGAGCAGGAGGUGUCUGGCAGCAUCAUCUACACGGUGGAGCUGCAACGAUACGGGGGCCCACUGGGAAUCACAAUCUCAGGCACAGAGGAGCCCUUUGACCCCAUCAUCAUCUCUUCUCUGAGCAAAGGGGGGCUGGCUGAGAGAACCGGUGCCAUCCACGUCGGAGAUCGGAUCCUGGCCAUCAACAGCAGCAGCCUGAAGGGGAAACCUCUGAGCGAAGCCAUCAGCUUGCUGCAGCAAGCAGGAGAGACGGUCACACUGAAGAUCAAGAAGCAGGGAGAACUGUCGAGUCCGAAGUCCUUUGUGAUCGGUCCCGGUCUGGGUCUGGGGACGGGACUGGGUCAGGAGAACCAGGACGGUGAGGAGGAACCGGUUGUCAUGGUCGCCCCUCGGUCCAGUCAGAGAGCGUUCAGCACUUUGCCGUCGGUUGACAGCGCCGUGGAGUCCUGGGACGGCUCCAACAUGGACAGCAGCUUCACCACACCAGCGCCGCCAUAUCAGACGUCUACGUACAGUUUCCAUGAAUGGCGCAGCACCAAGAACUCCAACCAGUCACCGUCCUCCAUCCGCCAGAGAGCCAACCCGCUGUCAGACCUGGGUCUCAGCGACGACGACUGGGACCGCCCGCCACUCGGAGGAGCCUGUAAUCUGCCCAGCGGUCUAAUCACUGACAGCAGGUUCACCGUUGGGCACGAUGGCACAGAACCAGACCAGGAGGAGAACUUCUGGUCUCAGGCUCUGGAGGAUCUGGAGACCUGUGGACAGAGCGGCAUUCUCCGAGAACUAGAGGAGACUGGGCAGGAGACGCACCUCCUCACUCUGGCAACCAUCAUGUCAGGGUCCACCCUCAGCCUGAACCAUGACCCCACGCCCCAGCGCAGCAGUUUGGGACGCCAGGCGAGCUUCCAGGAACGCAGCAGCUCCAGACCACAGGUGACUCCUCGGUCCAACACCUUGCCAUCUGAUCCUCAACGAAGAGCCUUCGCUAUGAGGAAGAUGAGGCAGGAAGUAAAUGAGAUCCUAAACCAGAACCCUGUCGAACUCCACAAGCUGACUCUAGAGAAGACCUCAGACCUGGAGGAUUUUGGGUUCAGUGUUUCUGAUGGUUUGUUGGAUCGCGGCGUCUAUGUUAACAACAUCCGACCCGGAGGCCCAGCAGAGCAGGGAGGCCUUAGAGCCUAUGACCGAAUACUACAGAUUAACCAUGUGCGAACCAGAGACUUUGACUGCUGCCUCGUUGUUCCCCUCAUCGCAGAGUCUCCAAAUCGCUUGGAGCUUGUCAUUAGUCGCAGCCCUUCCUCCUCUCUACUGACCAAUCACACUGAUGGCACUAUCAACAGCAACCACUCCUCUCAGCCAGCUGGCAGCGAUCUAGGACCCUCUGAGCUUUCUAUGGGUCCAGGAGAGGACGGCGGUCCAAUCAAGUGGAGCCAACCAGGGGAGAGGCUGGGGACAGGGCUUAGUGUGGGUCAGGUCAAUAACAGCUCCUUAUAGCAGACACAAACUGUAAAAUAAACUUAGGCUGGUUCUGAUCCGACUGAACCAGAGGUCAACAAGGAGAUCAUCAACACUAAGUUAAGUCAAAGCGGUCUAGCCCCAACCUGAACUGGUUCAUUGUGGACCCUCAUGGUGCUGCACACACCGUCUGGAUGUUGUUGGACUUCACUGAACUGCUAGAGCAGCCUGAAAGCACACUGGCGAACCAGGACUACUGGCACACAGUGAUACAACUGGUAUCAUUGGAAACAGAACUAUAACUACUGAACCUACUGGAGCCACAGACUGAGCUACUCUUCUACCUGGUCCAAUAGAAAUGGUUACUGAUUGUACCAGUCAAGAGCAAUGACUGCUGGUUCUACUAACAUCAGUCCUUACUGGUCCAAGGUCAAUGCUUACUGGUUCUACAAACCUAAAAGUAGAGCUAUUGGUCCUACUGGAACUAGAGCCUCAGCCAAUGGUCUUGCUGUUCCAAGACGUGGUUGUUUCUCAUGGUCAUAGUGAUCACAAAGCCGUGAAUAUGUAGCCAGAGCCAUGACUGAUGCUUCUGCUAAGUCCAGAAAUUUGGCCUCCGCCUGUUCUGGCCUUACUAGAACCACCAUGCAGUGGUGUCUGGGUGUACUGGCCAAGAACCACAUGAGCACAUGAGUAGAUGACUUCAGUCCACCAUCCAAAGCAGGAGAUGCUCCGAUCAGACUGUCUGGGCCUGAUGUUAUUGGUAUUGUUGAAUAAUUACACUGUAGAAACAUGUAAGAAAGACAUUUAAACCCACCACGUUUGUCUGAGGAGGAAGACUCCAACAGGUUCAUGGGCAGAGGCAGGAGGUUGGGUCAGAUGGUUUGCUGAAGGUGAAGGAUUAAAAAUAGUUAAGUUUAAGUUUGAAAUUGUAUAGUAAAUGAAAACCAAGUUAUGGUUUAGGUCAGAGAUGGUCGAUGUAGUUCAAAGGGUGGAAUGAUCCGAUCAGUUAGUAGUUCUAGGGUUAUGAAGUCCUCCAGUAAUCAGUGGUGAGCUCUGAAGUUGAAAGCACAGCUGUGUUUGAGGACCACACCACUACGACCACUACUUAGUGUUUUAGUUUGCCUAAAGUUUUCAUUCCUGGAUGUGAAUAUCUUACAGCUAAGUAAACAGCUAGCUCAGUGUUUGGGUGAGAUUGUGAUUAUUAGUGUAGUCACGACCAUCAUACAGUUGUAAUUCUGUUAAAAAUCAAACAAAUUUUUAGUUUUUUUAUUUCAAAACUUUGCCAAAUAAUGCUGCUGUAGAUCCUGGUAUAACCGAAGCUAAAUGGACUUGGUUCGACAUUGCGUUUAUGUCAACCUCAGAUUGUUCAGUUCAGAAGUUCAGAGUGUUCAAUAAUUAUCAGCGGCAUUGGUCGGAGCAUCUCUAAUAAAAUGGAACGACGGACUGUUUGAUGUUAGGAUUUUAGUUCUGUGCCAUGAACAAGCUGCAGCCUAGAAGAGUAAUAAUAAUCAUGCUGACAAUAAUGAUGAUGACACUGAGCAGUUCAAUAAGAAUCUUUUCUACUGUUUACACCUGUUGGACUGGCUACACUGUGUGUAUGUAUGUGCGUGUGUUUGUGUGCGUUCUAAACUCAAGGCCAGUUAGACCCCACCCAUGUCUUGACUUUACUCCGCCCCCUCUUCUUCCCUGGGCAGCCAGGUGAUUCUGAGAGAGUCAGCUGAUUGGCUGGAACCAAUCAGAAAACAAAAUGCUUCACUGCCUGUCUGUGAUUGGUUCUCCUGAUAAACCAAUCAAUCAGCUACCAGGAAGAAGCCAAGCAUGCCCGCCCCUAACCCCACCCCAAGUUACAGUGAUCUAUUAUGCUAAUCAAUUGGUGUGUUUUUUGAUUGACUGUUGUCAGUUUUCUCUGUUUGUUUCCAUGGUGACUGAACCUUGAAAAUUUGUAUAAUAGAUUAAAAAAGUGGUUCAGCCCCAUCGCUGUUCACAUCAAAGCCAUUGAAACCCUGAAAACAUUCACUUCAUUACCACAAAAACAAUGUUACACAAGAAAAAAAAACUCCUGUAAAACAGGAAACCUGUGACAGUGAAAACCUGUGUGUGUGUGUGUGUGUGUGUGUGUGUGUGUGUGUGUGUGUGUGUGUGUGUGUGUGUGUGUGUGUGUGUGUGUGUGUGUGUGUGUGUGUGUGUGUGUUUUGUCAACAUUUUCCUGCUUUUACCUCAGUUUGAACUCACUGUUUAAACUGGCCAAUCAAAGCCCUCCCAGAGCCAAAGUGACUAAUAGCUGCUCCUCCACAGUUCUUGUGCUUGUCGGUUGUCAGGCAAUAUUAGUAGAUGUUUUCCUAAUUUUUAUUGUUUGAAGUGCUAGCAUAUCAAUGCCUUGAUUGCAGGUAUAGCAGUAGCCUUAUAGCACAUGCGUACCAUAAAAUUAACAGCGAUUUAAAACGACACGUGGCUAACACAGCUAGUGUAACACUAGCUAAUCUAAGAAUAACAACAAAAAUAGCCCUCCAAUCCAGGGCUAGAACAGCUGGCAUAUGACUCAUGACCAGUUUGUCUACUUGUAUACUAUACUUGUCCAAUAUAAGCCAAUGGGAUUUAUAGGUUAACUGAUGUGUUGUUACAAUAUGAAUAGCACCUGCCAAGCACAGAAAGGUUGUGUGGUAGAACUAUGUAAUAAUGGUUAUCUGCAUAAAAAGUCUUACAAGGGCUAACACUUGGUAAACAUAGCUAAUAUUUGAGCUAACAGCUGGUAUUAGCACACAGCUAAUAGCACAAACCUGAAACAAGGCCAAGACGUGGUUAACCUGUAUAAACAGGUUACCAGCAGGUUACCAUAGCAACAGAUGAAGAAAAGUCCUUGACCAAUAGGAGUGAACCAUAGUAUGGAGGGGCGUGGCUUCAGGAGGGUAAAGCCAUACACACUGUGUUUGUUUGCGUGUGUUGUCUAUGUGUGUGAGUGUGUGAGAAUGUGUGUAACAUUGCAGGGAUUUGCACUUCAGUGAUUCACCUCAGCAUCCACCCACACACACACAUACUCAUAUAUACAUAUACAUUGCACUGCCAUUUGAAUAGUGGGUCAGAUUAGUUUCCAUGUAGCUUCACCAACCAACCAAACUGUAUUUUUCUUUAAAGGAACAGGGAUGUUGUAAAGUAUUUUUGUACAAAUUUAAUACUUUGGUAGCAUGAUGUUCCUGGUGUUUGUCCUGUCGGGCUCCACUGCUCUCCUCCACUCCCUUUGUAUGGACGACUACUGAGCAACAAUAAAGAUGAAGACCUGCUGGAA